AUGCAAGCUAAUUUACCUGGCCUUGUUCUUCUUCGGUUCAUCUUGGUUCAGAAUCGCCAGGGGAAAACUAGACUAUCCAAAUGGUAUGUCCCAUACGAAGACGACGAAAAGGUCAAGCUCAAGGGAGAAGUCCAUCGAUUGGUUGCACCCAGAGAUCAGAAACACCAAAGCAAUUUUAUAGAAUUUCGUAAUUACAAAAUUGUCUAUCGUCGUUAUGCCGGCUUGUUCUUUUGCGUGUGUGUGGAUGCAAACGAUAAUGAAUUGGCGUACCUGGAAGCAAUUCACUUUUUUGUAGAGGUAUUGGAUGCAUUCUUUGGGAAUGUAUGUGAGCUGGACUUGGUCUUUAACUUUUACAAGGUCUAUGCUAUUUUGGAUGAAGUAUUCUUGGCUGGAGAAAUUGAAGAAACAAGCAAGAAUAUUGUAUUGACCCGAUUAGACCAUCUCGACAAACUUGAAUAA